AUGGCCACUCGAGCGCAUGGUAAAACGCGAAUAGCGUAUUAUUACGACGGUGAUGUAGGCAAUUACUAUUAUGGACAAGGCCACCCGAUGAAGCCGCAUCGUAUUCGCAUGACUCACAAUCUACUACUCAAUUAUGGUCUGUAUAGGAAGAUGGAAGUUUAUCGACCUCAAAUCGCCACAUUUGAAGAGAUGACCAAGUACCACAGUGACGAUUACAUGCUUUUCUUGAAGAAUAUUCGACCCGACAACAUGACUGAGUACAAUAAAGCGCUUCAGCGAUUCAAUGUCGGCGAAGAUUGUCCAGUCUUUGAUGGAUUAUUCGAAUUCUGUCAGAUAUCAAGCGGAGGUUCAAUAGCGGCAGCUACAAAGGUGAACAAGAAACAAGCCGAUAUCGCCAUAAAUUGGAUGGGUGGAUUGCAUCAUGCGAAGAAGAGUGAAGCAUCAGGAUUUUGUUACACGAAUGAUAUUGUUUUAGCAAUUCUGGAAUUAUUGAAACAUCAUCAGCGUGUCCUCUAUGUUGAUAUCGAUAUUCAUCACGGUGAUGGAGUAGAAGAGGCAUUUUAUACUACCGAUCGUGUGAUGACAUGCUCUUUCCACAAGUACGGUGAAUACUUUCCCGGUACUGGUGAUCUCAGAGAUAUCGGGGCAGGACGCGGCAAGCACUACGCUGUAAAUUGCCCGCUUCGUGACGGUAUUGAUGAUGAGACCUAUGAACGUGUUUUCCAGCCGAUAAUGGAAAAGGUGAUGCAUUCAUUCCAACCAUCAGCGAUUGUGCUGCAAAAUGGUGCAGAUUCUCUGACUGGUGAUCGUCUCGGUUGCUUCAAUCUCACACUCAGAGGCCAUGGGAAGUGUGCAGAAUAUUUGAAGAAAUUCAAUUUGCCAAUGCUAAUGUUAGGCGGGGGUGGUUAUACAAUAAGGAAUGUGGCUAGAUGUUGGGCAUACGAAACGUCAGUUGCACUCGAUACUGAAAUUGCGAAUGAGUUGCCUUACAAUGAUUACUUCGAAUAUUACGGACCUGAUUUUAAACUUCACAUCACGCCAUCGAAUAUGACCAAUCAAAAUACACCGGACUACAUUGAGAAGAUCCAGAUGAAAAUAUUCGAAAAUCUUCGUAAUAUUCCGCAUGCGCCCAGCGUUCAAAUGCAACCAAUCAAAGAGGAUGCUGUGAAUGUGGUCAGUGAUGACCUAGAACGGGACAACGCCAAUCCUGACCGACGAUUUUCAAUACGAGAUAGUGAUAAGAUGGUUGAAGAUGAACGUGAGUUCUAUGAUGGCGAGAAGGAAGGUGGUGAUAAACGAAACGAACAUUGUCAUAAGAAGCGAUCGGCUGGGGAAGAAGAAGACACAGACAGAAGUAUUGUUAUCGUUAAAAAAGUACGGCAGGAAGAACCAGCCGAAGGAGAGAGUAAAGAAACGUAA